AAAGAGAGGCAGCUCAGCCACAACCUGUUUCUCUCGCGCGCGCUCCGAACCUGUCCCUGCUGCUCCGCGUCUUCCUCCGUUUUCUCCCAUCCCUUCUUCUCUUUUUCUUUCCCUUCCUUUCCUUCUGCUCCACUCUCUCCACUUCUUUGCUCUUCAACCCAAUUGCUCUCUUCAUCUCCCAUCCCUUCCUCCGCAUCUCUGGGUUUUCCCCUCCAUCCUUUCUGCUACCCCCUUCUUUGCAAACUCUCUCUCUCUGCCAAGCAUCCAUUCAUCUUCCGUCCGACCUCUUUCCUUGACCUUCACCGAGCCACAUCUCCCGCUUCCCUUCUUUGGGUGGUGGGUCUUUUCUCUCCUCUUCCCCGCCGUCUGUUUCUCCGGCACCACUUUGCCUUUGCGGGUUAGAGAACGGGUGCUUCCCCCAGGGGGCAGCAUGGCGCUCCUAAGCUCCCCCACCGAGACCGAGUGCUUAACCAAGCCGCUUUUCUGCCGCAAGGGGGCGCUCCGCCAGAAGGUUAUCCACGAGGUGAAGAGCCAUAAGUUUACCGCUCGCUUCUUCAAACAGCCGACCUUCUGCAGCCAUUGCACAGACUUCAUCUGGGGGAUUGGAAAGCAGGGACUUCAGUGCUUAGUAUGCAGCUUUGUCGUACAUAAAAGAUGUCAUGAAUUUGUCACUUUUGAGUGUCCAGGAGCUGGAAAAGGGCCCCAGACGGAUGAUCCCCGGAAUAAGCAUAAGUUCAAAAUCCAUAGCUACAGCAGCCCCACUUUCUGUGAUCAUUGUGGCUCACUUCUGUACGGAUUAGUGCACCAGGGGAUGAAAUGCACCUGCUGUGAGAUGAAUGUACACAAACGCUGUGUCCAUUGUGUUCCCAGUUUGUGUGGUGUUGACCAUACAGAACGCCGUGGACGCCUCCAACUUAACAUUGAGACAUUUGGGAGCGAUGAGAUCCGGGUGACUGUUGGAGAAGCGCUGAACUUGAUCCCGAUGGAUCCCAAUGGCCUCUCUGAUCCUUACGUGAAAAUCAAGCUGAUUCCUGACCCAAAGAAUCUCACAAAGCAAAAGACCAGAACCGUCAGGUCCACCCUUAAUCCUGUCUGGAAUGAAACCUUUGUUUUCACCCUGCAGCCAGGUGACAUGGACCGGCGCCUUUCCAUCGAGGUUUGGGACUGGGACCGGACAACCCGCAAUGACUUCAUGGGCGCCAUGUCCUUUGGAGUCUCUGAGCUGUUCAAGGGUCCCGUGGAAGGCUGGUACAAAUUGCUCAAUCAGGAGGAGGGCGAAUAUUAUAGUGUCCCUGUGGCGGAUGCAGAAAACUGUGGGCUGCUGCAGAAAUUUGAGGCUUGCAACUUCCCUCUGGAACUCUAUGAGAAGGUUCGCCAUGGUCCUAUCCCAUCUCCAUCUCCAAGCCCCACAGACUCUAAGCGUGGCGGAUUCUUUGGCAUCAACCGCUUCCACAUCUCGGACUUCAACUUUCUCAUGGUUCUGGGCAAAGGAAGUUUUGGCAAGGUGAUGCUGGCCGAACGUCGGGGGACAGAUGAGCUCUAUGCCAUCAAGAUCCUAAAGAAAGACGUGAUAAUCCAAGAUGAUGAUGUAGAAUGUACUAUGGUGGAAAAGCGGGUCUUGGCCAUGGGGGAACGUCCACAUUUCCUAACUCAGUUGCACUCUACCUUUCAAACAGCGGACCGGCUGUAUUUUGUUAUGGAGUAUGUCAAUGGAGGAGACCUAAUGUAUCACAUCCAGCAGGUUGGGAAAUUCAAGGAACCCCAUGCUAUGUUUUAUGCAGCUGAAAUUGCAAUUGGCCUGUUCUUUUUGCAUAACAAGGGGAUUAUUUACAGGGAUUUGAAAUUGGACAAUGUCAUGUUGGAUGCUGAUGGCCACAUUAAGAUCACAGAUUUUGGGAUGUGUAAAGAAAACAUUUUCCCUGGCAUCACCACCAGGACAUUUUGCGGGACACCUGACUACAUUGCUCCAGAGAUUAUAGCCUACCAGCCCUAUGGGAAGUCUGUGGAUUGGUGGUCAUUUGGUGUUCUCCUAUAUGAAAUGUUAGCUGGACAGCCACCAUUUGAUGGGGAGGAUGAGGAUGAGCUCUUCCAGUCGAUCAUGGAACACACAGUAUCUUAUCCUAAAUCUCUUUCACGGGAGGCUGUCUCCAUCUGCAAAGGAUUCUUGACCAAGCAUCCCCUGAAGCGCCUGGGGUCAGGACCAGAAGGGGAACGGGAUAUUCGGGAGCAUGGAUUUUUCCGUUGGAUGGACUGGGAGAAACUGGAACAGCUGGAAAUUGCUCCGCCUUUCACACCUAGGCCCUGUGGUCGCAGCGGUGAAAACUUUGACAAGUUCUUUACACGGGCACCACCAGCGCUGACACCCCCAGACCAGCUGGUUCUAGCCAGCCUUGAUCAGAGUGAAUUCCAAGGAUUUACCUACAUCAACCCUGACUUCGUGCAUCCAUCCACCCUGCGGCAGGGAAGCCUCUCCCCAACUGGCAUGCCUCUCUCCCCAACUGGAAUGCCUCUCUCCCCAGCGGCAAUGAUCCCUUCUCCUACUUCUUUAGUGUGAGAAUGAUCCAUAACCACCCGACUUCCCCAACACCUUGGCUGUUGGACUCUGCUCCUGAGAGCAUGAGUCCAAGUUGAAACCCAAUCCCAACUGUGAUUCCCCAGAAAUAUUUUGUUAAUUGCAUUCUCUGGUGUGUCGCUUCCCUCCUUCCUUCCCCCCCCCCGCUUAGGUGCAAUCAAACUGGUGAGGUUAAGAAUGAGAAAGUGUGCGCGUGCAUGUGGAGAGAGAGGGAGGGAGAGAGAGAGAGAAAGAGGGAGAGAGAGAGAAAGAGGGAG